AUGAGACGCGAUAAAGAGCUCACUUACAUUACUCUUGCAUUAAAAUCAUUUGUCUUUAUUCUACUUGUCUUUAUCCUCGCCAUCUUCAAUGGACCAAACCUGUUCAUCUUCAAUGCGUUGAUUAGGGCACUUGCCGAGAAUUCCCGUUUUGAAAGCUCAAUUUUUCAUUAUGGUCUGAUUUUGAGGAUGAAUAUUCGUCCUAACCGGCUAACUUUCCCAUUCGUGAUGAAGUCUGCUGCGGCAUUGCUCUCGGGCAGCCUUGGGGCUACUUUCCAUGGUCAAAUCUUGAAGCUCGGGCUUGAGUUCGAUUCAUUUGUUAGAGUGUCCUUGGUUGAUAUGUACGUGAAAGCCGAUGGUUUGGUUCAUGCUUUGCAGGCGUUUGAUGAAAGUCCCGGAAGAAAUAAGCUUGGGAGCAUCCUGCUGUGGAAUGUUUUGAUUAAUGGGUGUUGCAAGGCAGGUGACGUCGGGAAGGCCAUAGAGCUUUUUGAGGCAAUGCCUGAGCGGAAUACUGGUUCUUGGAAUAGUUUGAUUAAUGGGCUUAUGAGAAACGGAGAGGUGGCUCGAGCAAAGGAGCUUUUCAACCAAAUGCCAGAGAGAAAUGUGAUUUCUUGGACUACAAUGGUUACUGGAUUUUCUCAGAGUGGAGACCAUGAAAAAGCUUUGUCCAUGUUUUUUAGAAUGCUAGAGGAGGGUGUGAGGCCGAAUGAUCUCACUGUUGUGUCUGCCUUUUCUGCUUGUGCAAAACUUGGAGCCCUUAAUUCUGGGGAAGGAAUUCACAAGUACGUUUCUAACAAUGGCUUCCAGUUGAAUAAAGCAAUUGGAACUGCUCUGGUGGACAUGUAUGCAAAAUGUGGGGACAUUGAAUCUGCCAGUGUGGUGUUUAAUGCGAUAAAACAAAAGGACCUUCUCACUUGGAGUGUGAUGAUAUGGGGUUGGGCAAUUAAUGGACGUUUUGAGCAAGCUCUCCAUUGUUUCAAUGAUAUGAAGGCUAGAGGAAUCAAUCCAGAUGAGGUUGCCUUUCUUGCCAUCUUAACUGCAUGUUCACAUUCUGGGGAGGUGAAUCAGGGAUUCAACUUCUUCAAAAGCAUGAGGCUUGACUACUCUAUAGAGCCUACCAUGAAACAUUAG